AUGGCUAUCGUGCUUAGCGUAUUGCAUCGCUCAGUUGCACUGUGUUUUUUUAUUUAUAUCGUUUUUUAUACUUAUCAACUGUUUCAUGGUAAUGAUCCGUUUCAUUUCAAGGACCUGGCGUUUUUAUCGCGUUUUCUUACAAUCCUGACAAUAUCACUGCAGAUUGUUUACUAUGCUUUGGCGACUCCUUUGCAGUAUUUUAAAAUCUUUAAAAUACACAGCUCACUAUACUCUCUCGUAUUUACAGCUAAUUUAAUUGUGUGUAUCAUGUUCUGGGGCAUUUUCAUCUCAGAUAAGACCUUGUUGGCGAAGGAAUCAGAAAUGAAAUCUGUCUCAUGGUGGUACAAUCAUGCUUGUCACACUAUUGGAACUCCUGCCAUCAUAAUUGACGCUUUACUAUGGAGACCAACAAUCGUUCCUAUAUCGAACUCAAUCCUGUUUCUUCUAGCAUACUUCGGUGGAUAUGUAAUCUAUGUGGAAUACCUUAUACGCAUCCAUAGUUUCUACCCUUAUCCCAUACUUGCGGUUUUCUCGGAUGUUGGACGAUUUGGAUUUUAUUCAGUAACAAUCAUCGCAACUGUUCUUUGCUUCGGAGUCAGUGUACUGAUGGUUCGCUCUUUAAAUAAGACUCAGUAUAAAAGGUUGAGUUCAAAAAUACAACAACGGACAGAGCGAAAAGAGUCUGUUCCUGUUCAGAGUAAACACAAGAAAUCAAAGAAGAUGGAUUGA